CUCCUCUCCAGUUCUUGCACAUCAACGCCUUCCUUUAAAAACGUGACACGCAUAGGUUGUGUGACAGGUCACGUGAUGGUAGAGGAGCAACGGGACCAGCCGGAAGGAGGGGUCUUUGUCGCGUGUCUGUCCGCCGCUCCCAAAAUGGCCUCCAACAUGGCGACCUCCGACCUGUCCGAGACAUGGAGGAACUGUUUCGAAGAGGAGCUGAUCUGCCCCAUCUGCCUGCACGUCUUCUCCGAACCUAUCCAGCUGCCCUGCAAGCACAACUUCUGCCGGGGCUGCAUCUCCGAAGCCUGGGCUAAAGACUCUUCCCUGGUCCGCUGCCCUGAGUGCAACCACGCCUACAGUCAGAAGCCUGCUCUGGAGAAGAACCACAAGCUGUCCAACAUCGUGGACAAGUUCAACGCUUUGUCUGUAGAGAAGGCCGCCUCGCCGGUGCUGCAGUGUAUUCUGUGCCGCCGUGGCCCCCCACUCCCGGCUGUCAAGGUUUGCCUGCGCUGUAGCGCCCCCUGUUGCCAGAGCCAUGUCCAGACACACCUGCAGCAGCCCUGCUCCGCCCUGGGACACCUGCUGGUGGAGGCUGAGGCAGUCAAGGCCUGGACGUGUCCUCAGCAUGACGAGUACAGACUGUACCACUGUGAGGCAGAACAGACAGCCGUGUGUCAAUACUGCUGCUUCACACGAUGCCAUCCCAGUCACGGACACGGAGUCACUGACGUGGAGCUACGCCGCAACGAUAUACGGCAAAAUCUAUUGCGGCAGCAGGAGAGGGUGGAGGAGAGAGUUCAGGACAUCGAUGAGCAGCUCUGUAAACUCGACUCUGACAAGUGUGUGGUGGAGGAUAGAGUGUGUGAGCUAAAAGAGGAGGUGCGUGUGCAGUACCAGCGGAUGCAGCACUUCUUGGAAGAAGACCUGUCCCGAACACUGGAGGUCCUAGAGCGGGCGCGUUCUAGGUUCUGCCAGGAGAACGCGGGCCAGGUUCUAGCUCUGGGAGAACAGAGACACGAGGCCCAGAAGCUGCUCAGCUCGGUCCACACGGCCUUCGGCAAGGCUGAGGAGCUGGGCUUCAUGAAGAAUACUAAACCUGUCAAGAUCCUCAUGGAGAGGUCUCAAGCGUGCGUGGGAAGUGCGCUCCCUCCCUACAAGGUGGGCAGUCUCAACUCUAAGCUGUUCCUGUCAGAACUCUCCAAGAGGGAGAAGAGCCUACGGAAAACACUGGAAGCCCCCCUAGCCCCUCCCUCCUCGUUCCUCCAGUCCGUCCAGGCGUAUCCCAGCGGCCUUGGCUCCGGGGCAGAGAAACGCAAACACUCCUCUGCGUUCCCAGAAAGCAACGGAAGCACUGGGAAAACGUCUGCUUCCGGGUUCAAGGACUCCUCAUCCAAGCAGCCCUACCUAGGCCCAAACUCUGCCCCCGGGGAGGGCCAAUCCUCCAAUCAGCAGCCUCUGGUUCCCUGUGGCUCCUCCCACAUGAAUGAAAAUGGCGGAACAGGAAGUGGAAGUGGCUCUCUAACAAAUCACCAUUCAGGGUCUGUGUUCGGUCCCUCCCACUUCCCCCCUGCUGGCAGUAGCUCCUCCCAUACUUCUCAACAGGCAGUGCUCCCCCAGUAUGGCGGGCGUAAGAUCCUGGUGUGUACCAUGGAUAAUUGCUACUGCUCUGGGGUACCCUCUGUGUCGGGCCACCGCGGCCACCCUCCCUACCCACGUUCAGGCUCCUUUCCCUGGGUAAGCACCCAGGACUACCCCCCUCCCCCUGGCCUGGCCUCUGGAGCGCCAGCCAUGCAAGGGCUGGCUGUCAGAGACUGGAUAGAUGCACAGCAGACGCACAGACACACAGACUUCUAUGGCCUGUAUGGGCAGCCCUCCACCAAGCACUAUGUCACCAGUUAACACGCAUACGUGCAUUUAUCUAUACACACACACUUCUACAGGCAAACAGCUCUCUACUAAGCACUACGCUACUAGUUAAAUAAACACAUGUCUACAUAUGUAGACAAACGCAGAACCUACAUAUGUACAGGUACACACAGACAUUCACUUCUACAUGUUAUACGGACAGUCCUCUGAUAAGCACCAUGUUACGACUCGUAUAGAUGCACUUACAAGCACUCUCGGGGGCAGGGUUGACAUGUAUUCGUUUUCUCUGUCAGACACACAGUGUACUGUAUGAUGAUACGUGUCUUUGUGCAAAAACUGUUGACGCUGAAGCACUUCGGCUCAACUGAAAUGUUUUGGCGACAUCUCCUUCCCCGUUGUAGUGAGAUCGAUAGCCUUAUGUUAUAAUUAUUUUCCAUGUUUAUUGAACAUGGUCUGAUAACUGUAAAGAGAACAAUGGUUUAUAACUGUUACAGCUCUGGUUUUGUCUCCUCUCCUUGCUGAGUUCAGGGAUGUACUGUGCAGCUUGAACACACUCGCUCUUCCAAGUUCUCUUCUGUGUGUGGACUGGGACGCCCUCCCAUGCACUUUGGGGGGGGAUGGGGGUGUGUUGGGAUUUCUCUCUGUGUAGAAGUUGCUCUGUAGACAGGUCUAGGAUUAGCUACCCUCCCUGUAGACACAGGUCCAAGAUCAGCUGACCUGUCCCCCAGUCCUAACCUUAAACAUCAGUGGUUCAAAUGGCAGAACCUGUCCCUAGAUCAGGGUUUUGGGGCAACUGUAAACCUACUUCAUUAUGGACCUUCUUUAUUCCCAUUUAUCCAAAUCCCAUCAGAGAGGGGAUCCGACCCCCUUCCGUUGUGCUGCCAGGCUUCUGUCCCCUUCCGUUGUGCUGCCAGGCUUCUGUCCCCUUCCGUUGUGCUGCCAGGCUUCCGUCCCCUUCCGUUGUGCUGCCAGGCUUCCCAUCGGAUUGAAUUCUUCCAUCUGAGAGAGCUCCUUUUUUUUGUUUUAUUAAUAUUUGGCAUAUGAGUAAUCAUACCAUAUGAGCAGGUAUCAUGUUUGUCUUGAAGACAAUUGGACUCGUAGACAGGAUGGUGGCUCGGCGAGCAACUACAUGGCCUGGACUGUACUGGACAGACCAAACAAAUCAACUCAAGCAUCUGGGAGUGUGACGGUGACUAUGCGUUAAUAAUGUACUUCCUGCAGGGUGACGUCACUUCCUUUUAACAAGCACACGCUCUCGGCUUCCUGUUUGCAGCUGUAAGCAUGCGGGAAAGAGUUUUAUAAAGCACUCUGGAAUAAAAAAAAUAAAAAAAACAAGAAGUGGAAAAAUAAAAAAGAUGAGUGGAAGUAAUGGUUGAGGGUUUUUUUCAUGAACUUUUUCUAUGAGAAACUGGACUGUUUGACUUAAGCAUUGGUUUUUAAAAAUGCUGGAAAGGAACUAUUACAAGAACAGUCAACCAAUAGAAGAAAAAAAUUGGAAACUUUUUUUUGUAAAUAUUUUGAAAUGAAAAAUAAAGGACGUCAAUUGGAGGGUUCCAAAUAAAUCAAGGCAUUUAAGAUACUUCCCUCCAUUUCUUGAUCACAACUCAAGUCUCUUCCUCUUUUCUCUUGUCAGCUGUUAUUUUCAGAUCUGUAAAGUAAAUAGUUUUACUUACUGAUACUGAACUACACUUCUACGUGAAUGUGGAUGCUACCAUGAUGGUGGAUAAUCCUGGCUGAACCGUGAAUCAUGAUGAGUGAGAAAGUUAGACGCACAAAUAUCAUACCCCCAAGACAUAACCUCCCACCAUUACAAUAACAGGUGGUGAGCAUUUUGUUUUUGGGGGGGUUAUGAUAUUUGUGUGUCUAACUUUCACGGUUCAUUCAGGAUUAACCAUCAUGGUAGCAUCCACAUUUAUGUAGCAGUGUUUAAACAUAUUCUUAUUUACAUUAAGUGACCCCUACAUGAUUUACCAUUCAUUUAUUUUGGGCACUAAAUAAUCUGAAACAACCAAAACACACAGCAAAUGCAUCCAACAAAUGUGCAGUCACAAGCUUGAUCAUUGUAGUCAUUGUGUGCUAUGAAUAUGGGACCAAAUACUAAACUUUUCACUACUUUAAUACACAUGUGAAUUUGUCCCAAAACUUUUGCUCCCCUAAAAUGGGGGUGAAUAUGUACUAACGGUGAUGUAAUUUCUAAAAGGUUCACCCAAUAUGCAUGAAAAUACACUCAUUAAAGCUGACAGUCUGCACUUUAA